AUGGGCAAUCCACCACCGAAAGAAGACGAAUGGGCGUUCGGUCCAAUCGGUUCGCCGUUCCCGGAUAAUCCGGUUCGAGCGCUUGGCCAACAGAAUAUGUACGUGGCCUUGUGGUAUAAAUAUGGCGUGCCGAUGCACGGUCGUGCAUGGAACAACGGUGGCGUUCUGGAGUGCUCGUUCCCUUACAAGACAGCCGAGUUGUUUGGUGUCAAAGAUCUUGGCGGUCAGAUUCAGGUGCUCCAGUAUAAGGGCGACCAUAACACGCUUGGAUUUUGGUAUGAAUGGAUUAAAUACAAGGAUCGAUUUGAAAAAACUGAAAUUCGACAAAUAGUGCACUGUGGCGAUUCAUGGCCCAUUCUGUGGAAGGAUCGCCCGGAGGGGGCACUACUCGGCUACAUGGACAACAAAACGGAGCUGCACUGUAUUAUUUUUUUCGCAAUUUUAACCGUUGGCAAUCUCCAGGUGGCGGCAUGCUUUGGCUGGAACAACAACGAAUACCGCGAACGCGUCGGUUCGCUGCAAAUCCUUAUCGAGCUACCAGACUUCAUUCGUGGCUACGACUACAGCUGGCAGCCGUUCUCCGUUUGUGCAAAGUUUGGGGACGAAAAAGAGUGGUUCCCGGUUUAUGUGGAUCGUAAGGGUAUCAUUUCGCCAUGCGUCUGCACAUUCGACGGCAAACAGAUUCUCGGCAAGGCCGACAUUCGCAAUGAGAAGGCAUCAGCAGCAUUUGGUGGCAAAGAAAAUGUUAUGGUUGGGCCAGGCGUACAGAAUCAGAUUGUCUUGUGCCGUAAAGCACGUCCGGGAUACAAAUUUGACUAA